AUCAUUCAAUGUUGUCAUUUGCUCGUCACGUAUGUUUCUCUUUCUGUUCUUUUUAGAUUUUUUAAAUUUUUUUAACAUAAUUAUCACUUUUUAAGUUAAACAAUACUUCAUACUACAAUACCAGUGUUGAAGUGUGUGAUACAAUUUAUUUUGAAGUGUUUUGAAUGGACAUCCUUAAAGAUAUAUAUGACAUAAUUUUCAAGAGUAAUCCAGAUCAUGUAACUCUUGUGGUUUAUUUUGUGGUGUGCAGAUUCUAUUUUCAUCUUGGAACUCCUUUAAAGAUACACAAAUGAUUUAAAAAGGAAUCAUGAGCUGGCUGCGGAAUACUUCCCUUUCACUCGCACGGCAGCUGUCUCGCUCUCUCGACCCUCGGCACGACUAUGAGCCACAAGCAUGUUUUAACUCUUUCUGCAAGCAUUGGCAACAGGCUCAUGAUAUUAUUCUUAAAUCACAGCCUCAACACCUUCACGACGAUGUAUUGGGAGUAGUGAACCACUUGGAACAGUUGGCAACCCUCCUGGUGCUGGAAGCAAGGGCGCGGGAGAUUAACACAAGGAUCAGUCAAGCGACCUGCCUCGAACACCUACUUAGUGAAAACCUAUUGGACAAACUUUACGAAUGGGCGAUAUGUACUGGCAAAUACGAAAAUGCAGUGCGACUGGAACAACUCAAACUAUUCGGAAUUCUCAUCACUCAUUACAGUUCACAGGUGAUCGCUGCGGAACCCUUUUUGAGGCCUCUAUUGAAACUCCUCAGCGGCUUCAGAAAUGAAUUGCCACCACCUAAUGUAGAAAGUCAGUUGGUGACUGUACUGAAUCAGCUGUGCGUGGCGCUGAUGCAGAAUAUGAAGUUCAUUGACCUUUUCUUUCUGACAACUCACACGCAGAACGGAUCACAGGCUGAGUUCAUCAUAGUACGCUUACUACUGACGUCGGUACACCGGGAAGGCAGCACGGGUUCGGCGGCGCGCGACGCUCUGCUGCUGUGCGCGAACAUGUCCGCCCGGUGUACACAGCUCGCCGAGUACAUGCUCGCCGGGAACACGUGUCCUGUACUCGCUACUGGUCUGAGCGGAUUGUACUCGCUGCUGCCUCGCACGCUGGGCGAGCGCGUGUACCGGCUCACGCCCGACGACGUCAACCAAGUGCACAAGCUCACGCUCUUCAUUGACUCGCUCGAGUUCUGCAACGCCGUCGCACAGGUGGCACAUCCGUCCAUCAAAAAACACCUCCUCGACCUUCUGUACCAAGGUUUCUUGGUGCCGGUGCUAGGUCCAGCGUUGCUGCAGAGCAAGCCGGGGUUGCAGAGCGGCGCGGGCGAACAAGCGGCCGGCGCGGCGCAUCUAGAGCUGCUGCUGCGCUGCGUGGGCCGCCGCGGCCUGCUGCGGCCCGCGCUGCACUUCGUGUUCGCGUACCGCUACGACGGCCGGCCUGUCGCCGACGUACUGCUGGCGCGGCUCGACGGCACCGAACAGUUGUCCCUCGUGUCUCUCUCCUUGAUGGAGACACUAAUCGAUCUGAACUGCGAAGACGUCAUGAUCGAGCUGGUCUUCAAAUACCUCCUCAGUGGUCAUCACUUAAUGGCCACACACCGGCACAAGAUCGCCGACCCAGAACCUUACAGAGAAGCCGCCAUGGCCUUCCUAAGUUUAACCCCAAGAUGCUGUUCAAGACCAUUGGAGAAGACCAGGGAAUGGGUAGACGAGCUGGCAGUCAGUGGGAGGCGGGUUUUGGACUUCAAAAGAGAAGAUGAAACAAGAAGAAUCAACGGUUUCAAUGAAGAUAUAGUGUUGAACAAUCUAGUCCAGGAAGUUAAAUUUAAUUAUGGGAAUCCAAACGAAACACUAUUCGGCAACUACCACGCCUACUUAUGCGACGCACGAUUCGAAAUUGUAUCUCGAACAAUAGCCUGUUCCGAUUGGACGUCCAAAUACGAAGCGCCGACGUCACCUAAAAGAGAAACGAAUAACAACUCAAAAGAAAUCAGAGAGCCUGAUACGCACGUUGCGAAAGAGCAGGACAGCCUUAUAUCGUGUACUAGCGGUUAUGACACGCUCAAGACUAGCGAUACGUCGGAAAAGGAACAACACAGUCUGACCUCAUUAGUGGAAAUAAUAGAAGAAAAAAGUACUGAACAAGUUACCGAGGAGAAAGAUCACGAUAGUUUGACUUCGAUAGGAGAGAGUAGUGAUUACGAAAGCUUUCAUUAUAGGCUCGAAGAGAGUGAAGAUAAUGAGGAAUUUGCCGAAGAGUCGUUUAAAAAGAUUUUCUCUAAAAGCGAGAACAGUGUUACCUAUGAGAGUGAAGUGCCUUCUCUUAAGAGUUGGAAGACAAGCGCCGAAUCCAUAAUCGGCCCACUUCUAAGCUAUCUCCUAAAGAAGGCAGCGUGUUUCCUCGAGUCGGACAUCACUACCAACUGUCGGGUGACAAGCGUGCUCUCCAAACUGGCGUCGUUGCCAACACCGUUGCUGACGUCACUACUCCUAUGUCCAGGGUUCGUGCUCCAGCCAAAUGUGCCUUCUCUGUUUCAGAUUUUAAGCAAAUUAAAAGAGGAAGUAGAUGAACUGACCAGUGAAUUAGACAACACUGCUGAAUUAGUAGAUAAAGCGCGGGUGUUCCUCAUACAACGGGAGAUGGCGUUGGUAAAGUCGCGGGGACCACCGAGUGACGAUAAUCACACACGUACCGAGUCCACGUCACAGAAGCAGGAGGAGUCUCCGUUCAAGCGAAUGGAGUCCAAACGGAGAAGUAUCUCCAGCAGCCUCUCAAACAUGUUCACUAGGCGAUCCUCAACCUCAUCACCACACGGACCUCAUAGUCUACACAACGCGUCUUAUCACGCCAGUCCUCAGAAACGACUCGUAUUCACCCAAGAAGAGUACUGGAACCAAUCCAUCACCCUCCGGUCCGUACUCAAUGCGGUGAUACUAGACGAGUGGGUAAAGGAACUAGCCGCGCUCUCAGAGGAACACGCUUUAAGACUCUCAGCACAAAACUAUGAGGACGAUACUUAUAUUAGAACAGUAGGUUUAUGACUGAGGGCCAUCGCCGCUGGCGGGUUCAAAAAUAGCGCUACACCUUCAAAAGCCGGGGACACUCUCGUCUAAACAUUAUCAUCCUAAAUUAAGGCUGUCUGAACAUUGUAACUAAAUACAAAACGAUAUCGAUAGUCCGUCUUAUCGCACUUUGAAUAAAACGUUCACUCAAAAUUAGUAGACAGAGUUCCAGUCUUAGAAAUGAACAUAUUUUAUGACAUUAUUAAGAACAAGUCUUCUAUUUUUCUAAGGCUUACUCUAUCUUAAAAGUUCUUAAGUAAAUAGUUAAACAUUUUUAAAUGUAUACAUCACUAAAACUCUUUACUAAUUUAAAGUUGAGUUGAUUUUUUAUUAAGAGUGUGUUAAAUUUAGAAUUUUCUAGAAUACACCACCUAUGUUUGAAUGGAAACAUAGCUGGUAUCCUAUACUGUACAGUAAUAAAGCGAUUGCUGAAAAUUUUGAACAUUUUUGUUAUUAAUGUAAAUAAUAAUAUAAAUAUUUCUGUGCGAAUAUGAAUUCGAUAUGUUUUGGCGUGUUCAACAGAAUUCAAUCAUCAAAUUCAAUUAUUUUAAGUAUCCUGUUAGGUCAUAUACCUCACGUGCAAUGUAAAUGUAAACGUUUUUAUUUAUAAGUAUAUAUAAAAGGAUACCAUAACAUGUAAUUAUUACUCAGAAAGUGGGAGAAAUAAAAAAAUCUUACAAUAGUCUUAAAAUAUGUAAUCCUUGUCAGUAUCAUUGACAAUGACCGCCAUUUUAUUAACAUAUAGGCAAUACGUACAUUCAUGUGACAUAGAUAAAAAUAGUUCCUAAUACAAAUUUAAAAACGUUCACUCGAAUGUGAAAAAUUUAAAUCUAAUAGCAACACCGAAAAAUGGCGCGCUUUUUGUGUUUUAAAAAAUGUACCAGCAUGACGUUAUUUUUGGUCUACCCAAAUUUUGACUUGUUUUUUUGAUACUCCGAUAUUGAGGUAUAUGAUCUAAUUCUGUAAUUCAGUCGAGACAAGUGAUUGAUUACAGCGAAUAAAACGUCCACAGACAAACACCGCCUUCGUAAAUAAUAAGUUGUUUUAAUCUUAUGAGUUUGCCUUUUAAAAUUUAGAGAACAAGGUAAUAUUGUAAAUAUGGUAGCGAAUUUUAAGAUUAAAUGUAGAUUCAUAUUAAUUUUAUAUAGAGAACAAUAUUUUAUAUUCAAUUAAAUAAUAUUUUAAGACGUGUUAGGCAUCACCGUCAGACUGACUUUCUGUAAUACGAAACCCCUAUUAUGUAUGAUAAAAAAAAAAAUUGAAAUAUUUCAUCUCUUCCUUUCAAGAUAAGUUGUUAAUUUAUAAAAAAAAAAGUGACAAAAGAUACAGCCACUUAGUGAAACCAAUUAAAAAUAUAUCGCACAUCAUACUAAGGAUUCAAGCGUUGUAAUAGUUAUUAUUUUAAAUUAAAUUAAAUCAAAAUGAAAUUUUCAGUAAUUUUGCCAGUUGUCAACAAAAUUUACAUUUGUUUCUAAAAAUACUGUAAGACGAGAACACCGUUGUCGAAAUAAGUUUAUUGAAUAGAGGUUUUACAUUAUAAUAAAUAAUAAUGUAUCUUUUUUAAAUUACCAUAUGUCAUGAUGUCCUAGUGUCAGCUGUAAUAUAGGACAAAAGUCAAAUGGUUUCAUUGUGAUAAUGUGCAUUGAAGUCAAAAUACGAUGUCUAAUGCCAGUUAAGUUUAUAAUUUACUUAUAAACAUUGUUUUACUAAUUUUGCUAUAAGUAAAAAAAGGAGUUUUUACAAGAAUAUUUUACGCCCUUAUCCUUCCUUAAAAGUGUUAGGUCCAUUUCACCAUAGAAUACCAGUUUUAUCGACAAUCGAGUGCCAAAGGCCUCUAUCCUUUUAUCUAUAACAAUAAAUUUUAGUGUGUCUGUGAUUUCAGAAUACUCGUGCCUAGUUAAGAUUCGUGCAAUUUCACAAGCCUAUAAAAUCAAAGACAGCUAAAUCCAAGAUCCAAAUCUCUAAUUAGCGGGCUUAACUCUUAGCUAGCUAUAUUUGAUUCUUAGUAGUUGGUAUGAAAUGACUAUUACUAGGUACUGAAAUUUGGUAUCAAAUACAACUAGUAUUUGAUACCAAAUUUCAGUUUUUGAACGGAAUUUGCUAGAGAUUUUGCUGCAUUUAUUAGUAAACUGAAUACACCAAUUCGUGUUUAAAUAAUUAAACUAGAUGGCGUCACAGUUUUUUUUUUUUUUUUUUUUUACGAUUUUAUAACGUUUAGCUGCCUUUGAUUUUAUAGGCCUCACUUGUCUAAUUAUUGCGUUAAUUAUGCCCUUACAUUGAACCGAUAACUUGAUUUUGUACAGGUAAUAUAUCUUUGAGCAGUUUAGGCAUACUAAAAUGCCUAUUUAAACACAAAAAUUUAAUAAAUUUAAAAUAAUUUGCAAUUAGACACAGCAUGUUACUUGGUGCAAUAGUUGUUAACUUUGUAAGAAUAGUUAUUGCAAUUUCUUACCAGAAUUUAUCUGAAUUUUUGCUCAUGUACUUUUUAAAAAUCAACGAAAUGUCAAUGUUUAUAAGUAAACAAUAUUUUUAUUAAUAUAAUUAAUUUUUAAUGUAAAAAUAAGACCAUUAAUUUGAUUGUAGUUAAGUAUAUUUUACAAUAAUGUUCUAUAAAGAAAUCUUGAGAUUGGUCAUAGUAGUAGAAACAGAUCUAUUUACAUCAACUUGAGUAGAUUUUAUACUUAAAACUACCAAGUACUGGAAAACUACUUUUUUCAUAUUACCAUGUAAAUUAAAAAAAAAGCCUUAUUACCUACGUACUUUGCGAAGGAAUUAAUGAAUAUUUUUGGUAAAAUAUACUUAACAGGAUUUUUUAAGCAUCACUUACUUAAUUCUAAGUACCUUACUUGUAAAUAUAACCUAAAUGCAAUUAUUAUUUUUAACGAUAUUGCCAUGAACGUAAUUUUGAACUGUGAUUUUAUGAUGUUCAAAAAGAAUACCCUAUUCACUGGAUAAUUAUUUAUUGUAUAUAAAUUUUUUACGUGUUUUUACAAUAUUUAACUUAGUUUAAAAUUUUAAUAUCGUGUGUUUAACAGUAUACGUCGUGGUUUAGUGAAAUUGAUUUUUAUUUCUUACAAUAUAAAUUAUUAUGAUUUUUUCGACAUUCUAUGGACCUGCGCAGACGAGUGUCAUUAACGGUUUCUUUUAAAACAUGUAUUGUAAACGAAACGCGAAGUUAUAUUAGCGAAGUUCUGUCCGGCAUGUUACUUCCGUUGAUUUAAAAAAAAAUUAGAACCAGAGACAAAGUGCUGCACUAAAGAUGGGGCGCAUUAUAAACUAAUUACUCAUUAACAUGAUUACUGAGUUUAUAAUGAAUUUAUAAUAAUCAGUAACACUUUCAAAUAAGUUUUAUAACAUUUUCAUGAAUUGCUACUCGUCCUUCGUCUAGGCAAGCCCAAAUAGCUUUGUUGAAAACAAAAUAAGAAUAUAUUUGUCUGUAUUAUAUGUGGAAUUAUUAUAAAAUUAUAAAUAAUGUUAAUUUAAUUAAUGAAUGUAUUAAUAUUUUUAUCACAAUUUACUUUAAAUCAAUUUAUAUCUUGUAUGUGUUUUGAGAAAUUUUAUUUCAUUGACCCAGAUAGUUUUGUUGUUAUUUUCGUAAAACGAUUAAUUGUGUUUUCCUAUGUAUUUUGUUGUUUUAUAAUGUCCUUUUAGUUAUGGCCGUUUGUAAGAUUUUCAUGUAAUAAAAAGUAUAAAUAAAAAACAAAACAUAAAAUUUUAUAUUUUCAGUCAAUAUGUAAAAAAAAAACUAUAGCUAAAAUCGGAGUUGAAAGACUUUUGGCGUCCUUUUAUAUGUAACACAAAUUUUCCGUCCUAGGAAAAAAUAAAUGUAUGUAAUUAAUGCGAAUUAAUAUUUACAUUAUUUUAUUCCUCCUGAAUAUCAAUAAAUAUGUUCAGAAACCAUCCAUUGAAUUAAAAAUAUACCUUAACAUCACUACUGCUACGUGACUACGUUCAAACAGCAUCAAAUUCCCUGUAAAUAAUUUUAGUAUUGGACAUUAUUUUCAAAUGUCCUUCUGCCAAAAUCUUAACAUCUUUACGGUAAAGGGUUAUAAUGGUUACUUCACAAAAGUCUUGAGGUAUUUUUUUUAAUUUCGUAAUUUAAUAUUUAAAUUAUGAUUAAUUUCAUAUAGUCAACAAAAUAAGCUAAAUAAUAAUAAUAGCUCGCCAAUUUCUUUCGCGUUUCAAGAAUCGCUUGAAAGUGUUCCGUUUGAACUUACAGGCAAGUUAAACAUUAUUUAAUCACAUUAUACUAAGAAUCGACGAAAUACCCCUUAUACCCCUUUGACUUGUAGUGUCUUACAUCAACUGCUAUGUAUGUUUGUCUGCAAAGUUUUUUAUUUUUUACCUACAAGACAUCACCUGUAUGGUAUUAUCUAAUUACUUAAUUAAUCUAAUAUAAUAUACAUGAAUUUACCUAUCAAUAGAGUGCAAUACCUCAACCUUGCCAAGAUUAUAAAUUAUAACAGGAAAUAAUUUUAUAAAAUCAUCUACAAAACUGCGGAUAAUAAUAAAUAAACAAGAGAUAAAUAAUUGCAUUUUUAAAUACUAAAAUAGGUUUACGCUACCCCCUUAAAAUGAACAAAAUAGUUUUUUUUUUAUUUAACCAUAAAUAAAAUCAAAGUGUAACAUAAACAUUUUGAAAUGGAAUUAUUUACUUACCAUUUAUCUAGGCCCUGUGUGAUACAGUUGUCGAUUGAAAGUCAUUCAUUCGCACAACAACUUCCUGAAUGAUAAGUACAUACAUGCUGGCCACAUCGUGUGAGAUAAUUAAACUUCAAAUUUGCAGCCCGCCUUAUGUAAAGUAAUAACCGUCGAUACAUUAUGUAAAGGCCUGCAUAGAUGAGAAUUUUUUUUGGUAAAUUUAUGUUUAGGAUCAAGGCAACAUGCAAAUUGUGUCGCAGUUGCAUAACAAUCAAUUUGUAUUUCCAGAUCCACUCGAUAUAAAGAACUUAUUUUUGUUUUCAUCGUCUAUGCAGGUUUUAAUUAUAAGUGCACAUCCUGAUUUGAGCUCAGAUUUGUGUUGUUUUAUAUUACUGGUAUAAAAUAAAAACAAUGAACAGUA